CUAAGUUGGCAACACCGGUGAAACUCACUCUUCCUUCCCUUCACGUGAUCAUGGGGGGACGCUCGCGAUAUCUUGGCUUUGCACUUUCCGUGACUUCACGUUUCCGAUACCGCUGGACGCUUGUGGUCAGCAAGGGAAAAGAUGUCGGCCUUAAGUGGCAAAGUGCAGACGGUGCUGGGCCUCUUGGACCCAAGUCAACUGGGCCGAACCAUGACCCACGAGCACCUGACCAUGACCUUUGAGUGCUCCUACUGCCCACCGGGACCAGGCCAAGAGCAUCUGGUGAAGAUUCCCAUAGAGAUGAAGAACAUGUUCUGGUUGAAUCAGAACCCUUACAGCCACAAUGAGAACCUGCUGUUAAAUCAGGAGCUGGAGGCCGUGAGAGAGGAGCUUGUGGCCUACCGGCAGGCGGGUGGGGGUGCGAUUGUGGAGAACACCACCACCGGCAUCAGCCGUGACGUCAGGGCACUGCAGAAGCUUGCUAAGGAGACUGGCGUUCAUAUCAUUGCUGGUGCUGGAUAUUAUGUGGAUGUCACCCAUUCUGAUGAGACAAGGAAAAUGACUGUGGAAAAGCUCACGGAUGUCAUUGUCAGCGAGGUUCUUCGUGGCGCAGACGGUACGGAUAUCUGCUGUGGUGUGAUUGGGGAGAUCGGCACGUCCUGGCCUAUUACUGAUAGCGAGAAGAAGGUCCUGCAGGCCGCAGCCCACGCCCAGACUCAGCUGGGCUGUCCCGUCAUCAUCCAUCCAGGACGCAACUCAAAGGCACCUGAGGCUGUGGUACAAAUCCUGCAGGAAGCUGGUGGGGACAUCAGCAAAACGGUCAUGUCCCACCUGGACAGGACAAUACUUGAUUAUGGGGAGCUCCUGGAAUUUGCCAAGAUGGGGAGCUAUUUGGAGUAUGAUCUGUUUGGAACCAUAAUGCUGAAUUACCCCUUUAACCUUCAAGUGGACAUGCCGAGUGACUGCCAGAGAAUCCAAAGCCUGGCCUUUCUUGUGGCAGAAGGCUAUGAGGAUAGAAUCCUGGUUGCUCAUGACGUCCACACUAAGAAUCGACUCGCCAAGUACGGUGGCCAUGGUUACUCCCAUAUUCUCAACAACAUCGUGCCCAAGAUGCUAACAAGAGGCUUUACGCAGAACCAGGUGGACAAGAUUCUGAUUGAUAACCCCAAGCAAUGGCUGACUUUUAAAUGAAUGGGCCGAAGAGAAGAGCCCUCCAACUCGGAGAUUCAAGAGUGCGAAUCCAGCCCACAGCCGUCGAGGUGCAAGGCUAUGGCCCUAACCUCUAACACUGUGCUGUCCAUGUCUAACGCAUUCUGCAUAUUGAUUCAAGAUUGCGGCAUUUGCCUUUCUGCAGACUGAUGAAUCUAAUUAUCCACUCAGGUUUGUCUUAAUUACCUGAACCUCUGAUUCUUGUUCUGUAUGUUUACUUUUGUCCUUAUAGCAUUAUUUAACCACAUUUUAAAUCAUUUAGUGCAAUCUUUGAAUUGAUCUACAAGAUGACAGCUUAUAACAUUGAUUUCCUAUGGAUUUUGUGAUUCUUAUAAAGUGGUUCUUUGUCAAGUAGUACAAUGUAUUUUAUAUCAAUUUAUAAAAAUGAUGCAAUAAAUUUUGCACAGUAGCAAUUCGUAGAACCCUUUUAACUGGAGAACAUCUUAGGUCUUCAUCUUUAAAUUUAUUCUGUUCUAACAAUUAAACCCAUGACAGCCAUAUUGUUUCUUGUUUCUUUUAUGCAGGUAAGCCUGUUUCUUACAGAUUUCUACAGACUGCCUAAGUGUGGCAUACUGUGUGGUAGGAUAGUACAGCUUUUGCGAUACGAAUAGCAGAGAUGUCUAUGUGACAAAUGGAAUCUUGAAUCUGAAGCAGCUGGAUUUGCAUCUUAUGUUGUUAUUGAACUCCUGUGUUAUUAUAGGAUUAAUAUAAUCAGCCAUGCCUGGGUUUUUAGAACUGGUAAUAUCACAAGUAAUAUUUCAAGAACAACUUAUGUGAAUGGUUGAAUCAUUCAAACGCUUACCACUGUUAAUCCCCUUUCAAGAUAAGGAAAUUGCCGACAGCCUUGAUUGCCCAGCUACAAAUUAGUUCUUAAGAUCCUUUCAUUUAUGGGAGGGAACGGUCUUCACAGGCUAUAGUAUAAACUUGAAAUAAAAAGAACAAUUAGCAAUUUUUAUAUUAACUAAGCUAAGCUAUUUAAAAGCAGACCAUUCCAUACUGCAAAAUAAAACGUUGUCCUGUA